AUGGUGAAGGUCGGAGUGAAUGGAUUUGGCCACAUCAGGCGCCUGGUCAACAGGGCUGCUUUUGAUUCUGGCAAAGUGGACAUCAUCGCCAUCAAUGACCCCUUUGUUGACCUUCACUACAUGGUCUACAUGUUCCAGUAUGAGUCCACCCACGGCAAUUUCCACGGCACAGUCAAGGCGGAGAAUGGGAAGCUCGUCAUCAAUGGAAAGGCCAUCACCAUCUUCCAGGAGCGAGAUCCCACCAACAUCAAGUGGGAUGAUGCUGGUACUGAGUACAUGGUGGGGUCUACUGGGGUCUUCACUACCAUGGAGAAGGCUGGGGCUCACUUGAAGGGUGCCACCAAGAGGGUCAUCAUCUCUGCACCUUCUGCUGAUACCCCCAUGUUUGUGAUGGGCGUGAACCAUGAGAAGUAUAACAACACCCUCAAGACUGUCAGCAAUGCCUCCUGCACCACCAACUGCUUGGCCCCCCUGGCCAAGGUCACUCAUGACCACUUUGGCAUCGUGGAGGGACUCAUGACCACCAUCCACACCAUCACUGCCACCCAGAAGACCGUGGAUAGCCUUUCUGGGAAGCUGUGGCGUGAUGGCUGA